AUGGCUGUUUCUGGACCUCGAGAUUACGAUCAUCUGUUUAAAUUAUUAAUUAUUGGGGAUAGUGGUGUUGGUAAAAGUUCUUUACUACUCCGUUUUGCGGAUAAUACAUUUUCUCAAAAUUAUAUAACAACAAUUGGUGUAGACUUUAAAAUACGAACGAUAACAUGUAACGGACAGAAGAUUAAACUUCAGAUAUGGGAUACAGCGGGACAAGAACGAUUUAGGACAAUUACUUCAACAUAUUACAGAGGAACUCAUGGAGUUGUUGUUGUUUAUGAUGUAACUAGUGCAGAAUCUUUUUUGAAUGUUAAAAGAUGGCUUCAUGAGAUUGAUUCAAAUUGUGAUUCUGUUGAAAAAAUACUAGUUGGAAAUAAAGCAGAUGAUCCAGAGAGGAGAGUUGUUCUUAAAUCGGAUGCAGAAAAAUUUGCCAACUCAAUGAACAUACAUUUCUUUGAAACUUCUGCCAAAGAUAAUAUAAAUGUUGAUGAAAUGUUUAGUUGUAUAACGAAACUAGUACUAGAUGCUAAAUUAAGAACAUCGCAUAACAAAUCUGACACCAGUCGAGUUAAACUUGAUAAAAGUAGUAAACCAUUAGAGAAAAAGAAAUGCAAAUGUGGAUAA